GUGGGAACUGAGAGUCUGUCCUGACCCAGCUUUGGGGCAGUAGGGGCUCCCCAAGGAGGGACCACCAGGGUCCAGUGCUUCGCAUAGAGGCAAGAGCGGUGGCAACUGUGGGCAGUGCAGUUUCAGGCAGAAGCCCGAUCUGGCAUAUUCUCCUCUUCAUAAUGAGAAUGGUUCUGCUCUAAUAAGCCAACAUGAACUUCAUGGACAUCAGCAAAAUCUUCUCCCUCUUGCAGCCUGACAAGGAAGAAGAGGACACAAACACAGGGGAGAAGCAGGCUCUCCGUGAAGCAGUACACAGAAAUGACUCCUAUACCUUGGACCAGCUUUUGCGGCAAGAGUGUUACAAACGUUUCAUCAAUAGUAGGAGUGGCUGGGGUGUUCCUGGGACACCCCUGCGCUUGGCUGCUGCUUAUGGCCACCUUAAUUGUUUGCAGGUACUCCUGGCCCAUGGUGCUGACGUUGAUAGCUUGGAUAUCAAGGCACAGACACCACUUUUUACCGCUGUCAGCCAUGGCCAUCUGGAUUGCGUGCGUGAGCUUUUGGAAGCUGGAGCCUGUCCUAGUGGAAGUGUCUACAACAACUGCUCUCCCAUACUCACAGCCGCACGUGAUGGUGCUGUUGGCAUCCUGCAGGAGCUCCUAGGCCAUGGUGCAGAUCCAAAUGUCAAGGUUAAACUACCAGUCUGGGUGUCAAACAUAACUUCAUUUUCUGGUCCCCUUUUUUUGGCUGCAGUCUAUGGGCACCUUGACUGUUUCCGCCUGCUUUUGCUCUAUGGGGCAGAUCCUAACUACAAUUGUACCGACCAGUACCUAUUAGCUCGUGUCCCACAGCCACGCACCCUCCUUGAAAUCUGCCUCCACCAUAAUUGUGAUCCCGAGUACAUUCAGCUGUUAAUUGAUUUUGGUGCUAACAUAUACCUUCCAUCUGUCCCACUGGACCUGGACAGGAAAAAUGAUAAAGGCACCAUCUUACUGCUACAGGCCCGAGCCACUCCACGAACACUACUAUCGCAGGCCCGUAUAGUUAUCCGCAGAGCUUUCUGCCAGGCCAACAAGCCACAAGCCAUUGACCAGCUGGAUAUUCCCCCUGUUUUGAUUAGCUACCUCAAACACCAAUUGUAAUCUUGCAACCUACCCAGAAACCCAUGAUAUCUCCAAAAUAUCUCGAGGACCCAGAUAACUGAAGAGCACUACAGCUCCUCCCACUCAUUUGGAGCUGCUUUCCUGUA